AGAGAUUCCAACUUUUUCUUUCUUCUUUAUCAACACCCCUUCUCUAUACACAACGCAAAUAUGAGCUCCAGCCAAGUUUACCUCAAGAAAGCCCGCUAUGGCAAGGACAAGGUCAAGGUCAUGAAGGUCUACCGUGAUGGCAAGUGGCAAACCUGUGUUGAGUUGACCGUUGCUCUUACUUUGGAAGGAGACAUCGAGACCUCCUACACUGAGGCUGACAACUCUGUCGUUGUUACUACUGAUACCUGCAAGAACACUGUUUACAUCAUGGCCAAGCGCAGUGCCAACGUUGAUAACAUUGAAGUCUUUGCCCAAGAGAUUACUGAGCACGUCCUUAAGCAGUACAAGCACAUUCACGUUGCCCACGUUCAAAUUAUCAAGCACAAGUGGUCCCGUAUGUUGAUUGACGGUGAGCUCCACCCUCACUCCUUUGUCCGUGAUGGCGAGGAUGUCCAAACCACCCACGUUAUCCACCACCGUGAUGGCAACAAGAUCACCAUCGAGUCUGGACUCAAGAACUUGCUCGUCCUCAAGACCACCGGCUCUGCCUUCCACAGCUUCUACAGAGACGAGUACACCACUCUCCCAGAAGUCUGGGACCGUAUCUUCUCCACCUCUGUUGACGCCACCUGGAGAUUCGAGAGCACCAAGCCCUCUGUCCUCAGACACCAGGUCAACUUCCCUGAAGUCCACGCUUCCGUCAAGAAGAUCACCAUGGAUACCUUCGCCAAGGAUGACUCUGCCUCUGUUCAAGCCACUCUUUACAAGAUGCAACAGCAGAUCCUCCGUGACAACAAGUCUGUUGCCGAGAUCGACUAUGCUCUUCCCAACAAGCACUACUUCGGUGUUGACAUGUCCAAGUUCAAGAUUGAUAACACUGACAAGAACCUUGAUGUCUUCCAACCUGUUGCUGACCCCUCUGGUUUGAUCACUGCCACCACUGCCCGCAAGCCUGCUGCCAAGUUGUAAGGAGUGUAAAGUAUGAAGGAGGAGAGGAAACCUGGUGCUUCUGAUUCUCGCUAUUACAUAGGCAAGGUGUUUUGCCGUCACCUGUACACUAGUCUCUUUAUUACUGUUUGAUAAAGUUUUUUUUAAAAAAAGAAAAGCCUAUGAUGGGCCCUAAGUUGGUUUGGGUGAGCGUGCGGGGCUGGAAAAGUAAUAAGGACAAACUGGCUAAUGACGAGAAUAACCUUUGUAUUCACUAUUCUCUAUCUCAC